AUGGCUUAUAUACCAUGCGGUAAAUUUAUGAUAGCAAAGCUCGUUGAUGAUCAGAGUUUCGACCCCGCAUACACAAAAAAGCAAGCCACGCGACUUUAUCAGAUUUGUUAUAGAAAAUAUAGCAGAGGAUAUGUUCGAGUUGGCACAGAAAAGAUGCUUUACAUGGCAGAUAAAUGCUUUUGGCAUCAAUUCUGGCCAGAUGAGGAAUUCCCAAGAGAAAAUGCGCACGUUUUGCUGGGUAAAGAGGAAGGAAAAGCUACAAAGAAAAGUGAAAGCAUCGCUGGAAAAAUAAAGCAGGGCAAUAAGCAAGAUGACACUCAGAGUCGACAGAAUGAAGCAGCAGAAUUGGCACCGCAGCACAAGAUCUCCAACACAAAUAAACCAGUAAAGACUACCAAUUUCAGAGAAGGUUCGCGACCAAAGCAGAAUGCUGUAACUAGAGGCCGCACCAAGGCUUUGGGUGAUACCAAAGGUAUAGAUUUGGGCAUCCUUACAAUACAACGAAGAAAAGAAUACCGGAGAAAAUUAAAACAAAAUCUCUCGAGCAAGAAGCAGACGGCGGAAGCAUCAGCAAGAGCCUUGUCCAAACGCGAUUCAAAAGCAUCUGUACUGAGUGAAAACUCACACAUAUUGCAAGGGGGCUUAGAGAAAGCGCAGUCGGCGUCCUUGAGCACGCAAUUGCAGAGUCGGUCCUCAGAAGCGGCUGCAACAACAGCACACAAAGACCCAAACCCAUUGGGAGAAUCAAAACCAUUGGAAGACUCACGACAUUCGUCUGAAAUAGCACAAGAUCUUCAACUGAAUCAUUCCUCAAACCGGCUUCAGACACUUGAUGAAAUGAUUGAAGAAGAAAAAGAGAUUGCAAGUCAACUUAGAUGUGUGCGUGUAUCUUGUCCCAGUCCCGAGGAGAAUAGAAAGAUAUGUCAGGGAGGGGAUGACCUGGGGGCGGGUGACGGUAGAAUUAAAGAAGCAGCAAAUGACAGCCGUUUCUGCGUGAUAAUUUAA